UUCAAGGAAAUGAUAUGGGCGCGAAAAUAAUAAACACGUAUUCUUGGUCAGUACUUAAAAGGCAAUCAACGAUCAUGUUUCUGUAGAGUUAAAGUUAUUAUUACUAGUUUUUUUUUAAUUCUAUAUGGUUGUAAAUUCCUGGGUUGAAAUAUUGUUUCAUUAGCAUUCACAAUGUCUGAGAACGGAAACAAUAGACCGGAAUCAUCGGAAAUGGACGACCUGGAACAACUGCUACUAGAAGCUGAAAGUGAAGACAUGAUCAAUAACGUUAGUUCUGUGAAAGCUAAGGAAGAUCCAAGUAAGAAAGUCAAAGCGAAACCUUCCCUCACAUUAUCCGGAUCAACGUUUUUGGAAGAGUUCGUCCGGAAACCGAACGCUAAAAAUGUUGAAAAUUCUGUUAAAUCUGGAAGCGCAGUUCAUGGUGGUGAUACAGAUUCUUCUGAUGACGAAGAAACACGUAAUUUUUUGGAGCAAAAGUAUAACGAGUAUGGAAAAAGUAUCAACACACUGCUGAAACAAAAAGAGGAAGAAAAAAUAGAUAACCGAAUAUCUAAUAUGAUCGAUCAAGCGUUGAGAAAUGAAAAGAAGGACGCAUCUGAAAGACCUGCACAAAGUGCUGCUAUAGCUGAGAGUACGCCUAAACAACAAUUUAAUCCUUUCCCCGGAACGGUUAAAGGCGAUCCAUUGCCCCCCUCUAAGAAUGAUAUACCGGAUAUCUUCAAAAAAAGCGUUUAUACGGAUCCUGUAUUCGGUAUACGAAUUGUUCAUCCGUUGGUUUCAAGUGCUGUGCUUCAAGAGCGUAUGGAGGGCAAAAAAGCAGUUUCAAUGGCGCGUAUCAAAUACCACAUUGAGCACGAACAGUUGAAAAAUGAUUGGGCCAUUGCGGGUGUGGUGUUGAACAAGAGUCCUCCCAAAACUACAUCGAAGGGCGGCCAAUUUUCUAUCUGGAGGCUUAGCGAUCUUCACGGAGAAAUCAAAGUCGUCAGUUUGUUCCUUUUCUCGCAAGCUUAUAAAGAUCUCUGGAAGACUGCGGAAGGAAUGGUUAUCUGCAUUUUGAAUCCCAAUGUUUUUGAACGCAAUGAUGAUAGAAACUCUGAGGCAACUUUAUCAAUCGAUAAGUCUGCUAAAGUAAUGAUAUUGGGACAAUCGAGAGACAUGGGCACUUGCCGUAGUAAGAAGAAAAACGGUGAGAAAUGCACUGCUUUUGUGAACUUAGAAAAGUGCGAAUACUGUGUUUAUCACGUUAAACAAGAGUACAGCAAGGCAUGCAAUCGGGGAGGACUGAUUUCGUCUACUGCUGGACGAGGAUUGAACGAACUGAGGAAUAAAGUGCUAGGCAAAAACGAGGUUUUCUAUGGAGGACAAAGUUUUACAGCAGUGAAGGCGAAAAAGAAUCCAAAGCAGGUUGAAAAAGAUAAUCAUCGAAUGAUGACCUUGUCGGAGUAUUAUCAGUCACCCCUUCAAGGAACAAACAGUGCAGCGGUUCCGUCCUACCGUCAGCAGCAGUCCAAAGCGCAUAAACCCUCUGCAGCUGGAUUGGAAAUGAAUAUGAAACAGCGAGAAAAAGAUCUGGAACGAUUGAAACAAUUGGGCUCGACUAGUUCCGUUCCAUCGGUUACACCACAAAAAGACAUCUCCAAAGAAGUUCCAAAAUCUGAACAAAAACCUACGCCUCCUUCAUCUGCCCCUAACGAGUUUGAGAAUAGGUCAUUCAGCUUUCAAGCCAAGCAAACUCCCCGGUUAAGUACUGGUAAUUUUGUAAUCGAUUUUGCUGCAACUCCAAAACAAGCUAUUUAUUCACGUCAAAAAGCUAUGGAAAUUCUGAAAAAGAAACCUUUGGAGAAAUCCAACCCGAAUUUUAUAAAAUAUCGCGGAACUGACGUAGGCAAAAAACGAGCAAUUGAGGAAAUCAUCUCCAAUGAAGAUUCAAAUGAGAACGUUUCGAAGAAGCAAAAACUCGAACAAGAAGAACAAACUCGAAAAGAGCGACUCAAAAAGAUCCUGGAAGCCACCUCUUCGCAUACGGAUUUGAUAAAGGCACAUGAAGACGAGCAGCAAGAGAAAUAUUUCAAAGAACUCGAACGGAAGGAAGCGAUGGAAGAGAAAAUGUUGAAUACUUACCAAGUUGCGUGUAAAGCUGUGAUAUGCAAACAGUGCAAAUAUAUUGCCUUCUCGGCUGCUAACCGUUGCAAAGUGGAACGACACGAACUGACGGUCAGAGAUGCCGAGAAGCGAUUCUUCAAGUGUGCCGAUUGUGGCAAUAGAACCAUAUCGUUACAUCGCUUACCUAAAACCACCUGCAAGAAUUGUCAGAGUUCACGCUGGGAACGUUGUGCGAUGAUGCGUGAGAAGAGAGGUCCGCUAUUGGGUGCAUCCUUGUCGAUCCGAGGAGAUGAGGAGAAGCAUUUGGGCAGCUGUGCCAAUACAGCAAAUUUGAAUCUGCUGGUGCCGGAAUGUGAUUGAAAAAUACUAAUGCCUGGUGUAUUUAUCGACUGACUUGUAACACAAAUUGUUCUGAACAAUAAAUAAGGCAAUCAACAUAUUUAUUGUAUAAGGCGA